GUAAAGUGUAGAGAGUUGGCGAUCUGUUUUCAUUUUCGACGGUGGAUCAGAUUUGUGGAUUCAUAGAUUUUGGUUUUUCCUCUUACUUAUGCUUUUUUCUGUGCGGUCAGCUUUCUCGUAUUUUCAGAGCUCAAAACGUCAGACUAAUCUUCCAAUUGUCAGCACUAAUCAGGAUACCGUCAACGCACGUUGUGAAUCGGAAUGUUAUCGCCUUGUUCGCCUCUUGAUGCUCUGGUUCUAGCAGUGUGUAUGUGCCGUCGAUGAUCAUUACGGAUUACCUGUCGAUGAUCAUUGGCUCUGCGUGAACUGUGAAUAAAUCGUUGACCGAGAAUGUCGCAAUCCACAACCCCGCAGGGACGUCCGCGGAGUCUGUACUAUCAACGGAAAAUGGGCGCACGAAAACAGGAUCCCUCCCUUCCCAGUCAGCCUGAACACCAGUUUGGGAGCGAUGUUGUCAAACUGGAACCGAACCAGCCAGUUUGUGCUGCGUCCGAUCACAGUCAUCAGACAUUUAUUCCUGAGCACAACCAGAAACCAGCUGUUGACAGUGCGCUUUAUCCGGAAACUCUAUCCCAUCCUGUUGCUGCGGAUAUCUCUGAUAUACUCCAGGACUUGAAGAAUACCACUCCGAGUUUAGCUAAUCAUACGGUCGAGACGGAGAAGCUGGAAUGGAUGAAGAAUCUCAACGAACCUUCCAAAGCUCCAGCGGAAACUGUCUCCGUGGAAAAAGGAAAAUUAUUCGAGGCCCGCUUCGACACUGAGGGACAGAUUCUCAGUCCCGACAGCCAGAUUCCUGUCAGCAGGGGACUUUACCAUCACGGACAGGAUCCUGAUAAGCCUGGAUAUACUCUGGACGAGAUUCUCAUUUUGCUGCAAAGUUCCUCGCAGUCACAGAAAUUGUGGGCGCUCGGAAUUCUGACAGCUAUUUUUCGGAAGGCGAAGGCAGCCGUAUAUGACGAGUACUUAGACGAAUCAAUCCUCAAACGCAUUUCCGAAGAAGGAAUGGUAUUACCGCUGCGUUACCUUCUGGAUUGUCCGAGUUUGCCGGUUGUCACAGCGUCCAUUCUGGCAUUGCGGGCACUGCUCGUUAGUGAUGCGGAUGAAUUUCUUACGGAGUAUGUUCUUAUCUGGGGCAAAAAUCCUUUGCUGUUUGAACUUGUACCCGAAACGCCAACCUCAGACAAGGAUACCGAUGAAAAAGAUCUGCCUGACGCUCAGCUAAUCAAAAUUGACCUUAUUAAGCUCAUGAUUGUACAUGUUUGGAGUUGCCAUUUUUACGCAUUUGGAUUGUUACGGACUUCCAUUUUACGGCGGUUUUCCUACCUUCUGCACACGUACGUCAGUGAAAUGGACAGUACGAUGGUGAAUUGUCUAUUCGCAAUUUUAAUUCGGAUAAGUCGCCACUCUGGUGAAAUUGCACAGCAAGUAGCGGACGAUACUGACUUGAUGCAACUUUUGAUGGACAAAACUGUCACUGGAAAAGCACCUGUUGCUCAGAUGCGAUUUUUACGGAUUCUUACAUGGAUACUUGGCCCGUUGCCGGGAAAAGCCACGGAAAGGAUUUAUAACUCAGCAGCCGGAUGGAUAUCUGCGCUGCGCACUGAUAUCGAGGAUAUUACUACCAGGGAUAUGGUUACCGAAAGCUUGAAUCUCCUAAUCAUGAUUGCGAAUUACGGACAAAUUACACUGAACGCCUUAAGUAUUGUGGAUGUUUUCCCACAAGUAUUGUAUUCUGCUGGCCCAAAGAAAACCGGGACGGUGGCGACUGCAUGGGACGCUCGUUGUUGCUCGCAGAUGUUGGUGCUGUUAUCACUCUGUCUGCGAACCGAUUUUAAAAGCACGCAUGUUCUGGAUGAAGCGCUGGUUGAAAAGACCACACAGAACGUCAUGGAUGCGUACGUUAUGCUGAAGGAAGCCGCGAUUUCCAUACCAAAUAAACACAUUGUCCAGUUGGAAUCGUCCUACCUGCAGUAUCUAGCGGAAUAUAUUAAACAGCAGCGUCCGAUGAGCCGCAACAUUGUUUUAUUAUUGCGCAGCCGGUUGUCUGAGGCGUUGGCAGAUUGCCUGAAUUUUACCGAAAUCUUCCAGCGAAAUGAGUUUAAAGUAUCCCGGUGUAAUCCGGAUUGUCUGCAGUCCUAUGGUCUUCUUGCUCACGGUGGUAAUUCUGUUCAUCCGGUCUUCGUCCAUCCAGAACGCUUGAAUUAUUCCGAGAGCGUACUUCACUGUCUUUCUUUGCCAUCUCUUGGAAACGCUCUCAAUUCUGCACAAAUUGCACUGAUCAAUAAACGACUGAAACAAGUACCGACUUAUUCGCAAAAUACUGACGAUUUCUGGAGUUACCGUUAUGUUCGACCAUUGCUUGAGUUGGCUUUAUUUGCGCAUUCGUUGUUGAGAGAUGGAAACCUUAUCGACAAAAAAUUGUUGUACUGUGCGGCGUUGCAUCUCGUCCCACUGUUGAUUCAGAAUCAGCAGGAGCAGCUGAGGUCUAUUCUCACUGAGAUUAUUUUCAAUGCGGAUUUACUGAGAAAUACUUCCUGGCUCAUUGAUGCAUCGUCCAUAAUACGGCCAGUCGUCAACGAAAGUGCUUUAUCAAACAUGGUGACGGUGCGCCUGGCAUUUAUGGAUUUACGGCCUUUGGGCUUCCCGGAUAAUAACCAACUGGCAUCGUUGGUGUUGCCGUCGCGUGAUGCCCAUGUGUUUUCCACUUUCUGGAUGUUUGACUGCUUUUCCUAUCUCUGCUCGUGGAUUGCACAACAGAGCGCCGCGCGCAAUAUUAGAAGAGAAUCGUUUGUUCGGGAAUACUUUGCGUGGAUUGUUGUUAUGGUCAACGCUCUCGUACAUUGUGGAAGGAAAACGUUUUUGCCCAGCGACAUGUAUUUGACUCUUGCUUCCUACUUUAAUGCCGAUGAUGACAUUUAUCGGGAUGAACUUGUCGGUGCCUCACUCAGAAUCGUUCUGAAGAUCAUGACCGAGUCUCCAGGAUUCCGGGGAUUCGACUUGAAACCUGCUGAUAGAUUUCGUGGUAGAACUUUGGACGAUGUUUUUGGCGAUAUUCUGGAUGAUUAUUUGGGCAGUUCAUACGGUGACCCGACAUUUACGAAUUACGUGCUGCUGUAUGUUACACAACUGGAGGAUAUCGCAUUCCGGAAAAAGUUUUGGGGUCCGGAAAAACAAGCAUGGUCAGCGGUCAGAAUGCCUUCUCAGUUGUUGAGUUACCCCGUUUCUCUUCAUUUGGAACCGGCAGAAAUGGAUAUUAACCUGUUGAAUCAGUAUUUGCGAUUAUUGCUCAAUCGCCAGAUUAGCCAGCAGCAGCAUCCGCUCAUGUUCCUUAUUGCGAUACAUCACAUAAAUCGUUUCAUGAAGAACCAGUCCAAUCUCGAUGCCGAGACCCAGAAGUUUCGCAAUGGAUUGUUGUCGCUUCUAUCUCGGAUGAAAGAGGAUAUAUUGGUGCAGCAAAUUUUACAAUAUUCCGGGCCAGCAUCAAAUGCUGUUGAUGUUAUUGGCGUAUUUGAAACGAUUCCUGAUGAUGUGAUUCAAAUCUUUCGUUCGCUGUGAUCAAUGCCCUUCUAGGUUUGACCAUUGAUUUUCUGCAUUUCUAAAGGACAGUUUAAAUUGUCUUGACGUAGUAUUGCAUUUUUUUAUAUUUGUGAAUUCUUGACGGUGCUUUCAAGUCUUGUUGUUAUAAAUGCCGAAUAAAAUGUCUUAAUAAUUGGAUUUGAAGUUUCAUGAAGUGUUUAUUCUAUGAAGUGCAUUUGAUAACGGUUUUUGUGGGCUGUUUUAUGUGGCAGGAUUACCAUUAAUUUUGUAUCGACUUGC